AUGAAGGACAGAUUGGACGAGUUAAAGGAAGCGGCAGAGGACAACUUCACGGAGAGUAUAGAUGGAAUCGACAACUCAGUGUUUGCGGGGACAGAAUGCAACAGGCUGGAUGGUUUCUUUGAAGAUAUUUCAGCCAGUUCCUCAAACCUCAACAAAUUGGAAGAUUUAGUUCGUGCUAUUCAAAAGAAGCAAGAAGAGGUGUUAUGUGGAACUGCACAUGAGAAUAUCUACAACAAAAAGAAAACUCUAAAAGAUGCUAAAUGCCAGUUCACCAAUGAGGCCAAGGUCAUUCAGUCGCAGCUGGAUAACAUGAAGGAUGUAGUUUUUCGGAAAAGGCAAGAGGUGCCUUACUCGGUUGAGUACAGGAUUCGCCAGCAUCAGUAUAACGCGCUGGUAACUCGCUAUCAGCAGAUCCUAACUUCGCACUACACAAAAGAGACCGAAUACGUCGGCAAGUUGAAACAGCAAAUUGUUCGGCAGACUCAGCUGGCUGGUGUGAAACUGCAGGAUGAAGACGUUGAUAGUUUUGUGGAGAACCUUUCUGCUCCACGAAUUGUUGGCCAGGAUCUGGAAAUCCUCAAAGCCAGGGAGCACUUAGCUCAAGCCCAGGAGCGCCACAAACAGCUAUUGGACCUUGAGUCGCAGAUUGCUGAACUUCACGAACUCUUCCUCCAGUUUGAGGUAUUGAUAACUGAGCAACAGGAGAUUGUAAACAGCAUUGAAUACAAUGUACACCACACUAUUGACUAUAUUGCACAGUCCUCAGACCAUGUUAAAACAGCGAUAAAGUAUCAGAAGAAAUCUCGGGUCACUGCUGCUGCGGCGGCUGUACUGGGGCUGUGUGUUUGCGUUCCAUGUAUCGCGAGGAUGUCUUCUUAAAAGCAACAGCACUGCCUGUGGUUUUCCUAAGGACCCAGCAAGUCCUGAGGAGGGAACUCACUAUUGCAUUCUAUUUCUGCUGCUGGAUAGGAAUGUGGACACCUGUGAUUGCGUGUUCGGGAGGUGUGCGUCAGAGGCUAAUCUUUCACACUGUGACCCUGGGGAAUUUCCAGUGUUUACAAGGGUGCGCUGACGUUAACCAAGGGAUUUGUAUUAAUCGCAGAAUUAUACACGAAGUAAGUGAGAAUAUUGUCUACUCUCAUCAAUUUUUUAAAAAUUCUCUCACUCAGGCACCCAUUUUUUGCGUGAAUUAUUGCAUUCAGUUGAGUAUCUCAGAAAAAUGAGAGGAGAACAGUGAAAAGUUUUCUGGUGUAAAUGGAAACUUUGUGAGUGGUGUAAACAGACACGUUAAUUAUAAAGUGUUUCUGAUAAAUUAGGCCAGUGAGGACAAAUCAAAGUAUUUUAAUGCAGGUGCGUGUGAGUUAACCCUGCUUUAGCCCGUAGGAUAAUAAACUGCACUUCCUGUCCUUCCCGGAAAAGUUUUUCCAGAACAACACAUUUUACCACAAAUUUGUCGGGUCGUGGUUAGCAUGGAAAAUCCUGCAGACAUUGCAGAAGACUGUUCAGACUCUCUGGCAGAAUGCCUCAUCGCCAGACCUCACCGACAGGAACCAAGACGAUUCCUGGCUGGUGAUGAGAGGAGCCCUCCCAGUGUCAGAUCUUACCUGCAUGACUGGAGCAUCACUCGCACCACGGGAUGACUGCAGUGGGGAAGAGCCCUCAGCUCACCUCCGCAGACUGUGGAUUUGUGAAGGAGGUGUGGAGAAAGAGGCCUAUGCCGUGAUUCAUCCAGAGCAGCAGCUUGACAAAGGGCUCUCUGAUCUACCAGCUGUUCCCACGGACAUACUUGGAGGGCAACAUCAGGUGUUGCGGCAGGUUAUCCACUCAGUGAAAGUUGCCCGUUGGUCCACCCAAAUAUUAUUGGUCUGCCAGCACAUUGAGAUGUCCGGGGAGGAAUGCUACCAACUAGUACAUUCCAACAGUUCCAGCAUUCCAGGCUGCGGGGAACGGGUUGCGGGGCACACCGGAGCUCGGUGCAGCCACUGCUAUGGCUCGGUGGGGAAGGUCCACGGUAUAGGGUUCUUCUGCUAUUGGAGAGGGAGGGGCCAGAAUGGGUGAAGAAGCCCCUCAGUUAUUGUAGUAGUUAGCACCCCAGGGGGCCGCAUGACUGGCAGCAGGGCAUUUGAUGUGCGGGAAUGCAAUAGAACAGUACUGAACGCACUGACUUUGAAUGUAAUGAAUGAAAAGGCUUUGUAAGUGUUUUGUUUAUUAUGAAUAAAGUUUAUUUUAAUAUUUAAAAAGGAAUAAUAAGAACAUUGUGAAAUAUUUGGGUUGAAGGAUAUCUAAGACUUGGUGUGUGGUUGUUACAGUUCUAUUCCCUAGAUUUUAGAAGAUUAAAGGGAGUCCUGACUGAACUUCUAAGUUACUUUACAGUUGGAUUUAAGGGGACGGUAAGAUGAACAAAAUUAUUUCCAAACAAGUUUGGGAAACCUUCACCAAACAGUUUCAAUUGUCUUAAUGGCAGGUCACCAAGAUUAUUUUAAAAUCAAGAUUGAUGGAUUCUGUAUUAAGGAAUGCCCGGAAAAGAUGGGAGUGGAAGUACAUUGUAGAAUAAGCAUGUUCUCAAGACAUGCUCAACAACCUACUCUAGUUCCUGUGAGUUUCCUGGAAAAGCUGGACAUACAAUUAA